CAUCCACAUAUAUACAUAGACACACGCCACUAUAUAUACAUAAACUAUCAAAGCUCUUCAAAUCUCAAUAACCAACUUAACCAAUACAACAGUAGUAGUUCUUUUACCCCUCAACUUUUUUCUAUUUCUUUCCAUAAAACAUAAACCAAUAUGAAGUGGGCUAAAGGCCCUUUUCUUGGCCGCGGUUCCUACGCCACCGUCUUUGCCGCUACCUCCACCUCUGGUGAUACUUUCGCAGUCAAAUCAGUUGAUUAUUCGCAGUCGGAGAAUUUGAAGAAGGAGCAACAUUUUUUGUCAAUCUUGAAAAGUCCUUUUAUUGUGAGCUACAAAGGGUGUGACACCACUAGAGAAGAUAAUAAUAACAAGUUGAUGUACAAUCUAUUUAUGGAUUACAUGGCGUGUGGUUCGAUUAUCGAUUUGUUAAAGGCCCGAAAUUGUGGUGGUUUCAAUAGUUUGGAAAUUGCAAGCUACACAAGACAAAUUGUCAAAGGGCUAGAGUACAUUCAUUCGUGUGGCGUAGUACAUUGUGAUAUUAAAGGUGCAAAUAUUUUAGUUGAUCAUAAUGGUGUUAUAAAAAUUGGAGAUUUGGGUUCUGCUAAAUGGGCCACUGAGGUAGCCCAAAUUCGUGGUACUCCAAUGUUCAUGGCCCCUGAAGUUGCAAGAGGCGAAGAACAAGGUUUUCCGGCAGAUAUAUGGGCACUUGGAUGCACAAUUCUUGAAAUGAUGACUGGUGAUUUACUAUGGGCUAAUGUUAAUAAUGACCCGGUAUCACUUCUUUACAAAAUUGCAUUUUCUAAUGAAAUUCCGGAUAUCCCAAAUGAAUUGUGUGAUCAAGCAAGGGAUUUUCUAACCAAGUGUUUGGUUCGUGAUCCAAAACAAAGGUGGACAGCGAAACAACUUAUAAAUCAUCCGUAUAUACAACCAAAAUUCGACGAAAGUUCAAACCAAAUCAGUUGCGAGAAAUUUGUUACAAGUUCACCAACAAGUAUACUUGAUCAAGAUGUUUGGGAUUCAAUGGAUGAACCAUCAUCAUCAUCAUCAUCAUUAGUACUGAGUACUCAUUUUUCAGAAUCUAUAUGUGCAACAAACAUAUUGAGACAAAGAAUAAAAAACUUGGCUAACAAUUCAGGGAGGAUGAUGAUGCCAAAAUGGGCAUAUGAAAAAGACGAAAAUGAAUGGAUCACAAUCAGAAAAGUGGAUCAGGUGAUAGAUGUGGUAGGUGAUCAUGAGAUGGAGGUGGAUUUGCACCUUCAUUAGUGGAGCUGAAAAUUAUGAUGAGUUGUAAAUAAUUAAUUAUUUAGAUACUAACAAAGUUAGUUUUAGACCAAUAGUUGUGAAACAAGCAUACAAUUUAUUUUGUACAUAUUGGUACAUAUGAAUAUUGAUAAAAUACCAUAUUUUGAGCUUUUGACCA